AUGAUGGACUCUAUUUUCUAUUUAAUUGCGUGCAAGGUAGACAGCCUCUUUGAAAAAUGCGAAGGCGGCUGGACCCCGUUGUCGGCGUCUAAUAAGCAACUCGCUCGCCCUCAGCCCGAUGCCCCAGCGGCGCUCCCUCUGAUUUUUCGCAGGCCUGUCGUGAGCGGCGGCGCUCGAGCUGCCGCCUCCUUCGAAAUCUGCAGCGUGUGGACGUCGGAACUCUAUAAGCUUGCUAUAGAAGUAUAUUGUGUGGAUAAAGUUGUUUGGAGUUCAGGUUAUAUCAGGUGUGCUUCGCUGAAGAUUUCUAAAGAGAAGGUAGCUGAUGGGGAGGCUGUUCUACUGGCUUCGCUGCAUUGCAUUAUUUCUAUCUCUGACCUUCAAUUCCAACGUGUACCUUGCUGUAGUCGUCUAACCUGGAGUUCUGAUGAAUUCAGAGAAUGGAUCCACCAAAAUGAAGGUGUUUUGCCCGACCAGAAAUGUUUUGAACAAACUCGCUUGAUGCUCAUUGGCUACUUGAGAAAUGAAAAACCAGGAAAAAAAGAUAAGAUGAUGGAUGGAAGUGUAUAUCUGCGAGAUAACACUGGAGCGCUGCCCUGUGUGUUCCUGCAUUUUAAGCUUGAGUGGCUGGAACAUCUGUCACUGUUCCCUAGCUGGAUAUAUGUUCCCCAGAUAGGCCAAAGCACAACUGGGUAUCUGGAGAUCCUAGAAGACCCAAUUCAAGUACUGCCUGGACCAGAGAAGAUUCUUAAUACCAUCCCUGUUUUCCACCCUGGAAUAGCUGCAGAACUGCUCAGUGCCAGGCCUCAGAGUAAGAAAACAGCAAUGGUGAAUGUGGCAGGUGAACUGGCCAGGCUGACCACUAUUCUUUAUUUCCACCAGAAGACUUUCUUCUUCCUCUUCCUGAAGUGUUUUAGUUCUGCUGCUUGUGUCCCAGUGGUAGUGCAGAAGACUCCCCACUUGGUUUGGCAUCAUGCACUACAACUGGAGCACAAAUAUGUCCUAACUAACUUGAAGAUAUCUUGUCUCAAAAGUGCUGGACAGAGUGUUUUCAGAACUAGCUCUUCCUCAUGUCUUCUACCUUACUGCACAGAGCAAACAGAGGAACACUUUUUGGAUGUAACAUUACAAGGAAGAUCAACGGUAUCUGUUUCUACUAUGCCUCAUAUGCAGCCUAAGAGUUUAUUGAAAGUGCAGGAGGAAGAAAUGAUACUGGGUCAUCUUAGAAAAUCCAAACUCAUCUCAUAUACAGGCACUAUCACCCAAGUGUUAAAUGCCCAAGCUGGCCUCUAUGAACUAGAUAACAAAUACACUCUUUGUCUUGCUUAUCGGCAGAUGUUGAAUCCUGGCCAUGGAUUCCGACCAGGAGCGUGCAUAGGGCUCCGAGAUGUCCAUCUUAUGGAGGAGUCUUUAGCUACUUCCCCUGCUGUUCUUGGAGCUUGUCUGCGUACUACCAUUGUGCUGAAGAGUUUUUCAGCAUACAGUGUAUUACAUCAACCUGUAAAUUGCUUUGGAAGUCAUUAUCAGCAACUACUCUUGCGUUGUAAUCUAAGCCUAUCACUCUAUCUUUAUCUGGUCAACUUGCUGGAAAUAUUUGAACAAAGGUUCUGUUAUUUCACUCAGCACCAGAAGUUGCUGCUUUCCUUUAGCCAUCACUCACAAGGGCCAACAGAGAAGUUCAUUGUUCCUGUUCUGAAUUCCCUGCUGCUACCCAGGAAACAGGAAAGAAACCUCCAUGUAGAGAUCCUGGCAGAAAAGCACCAUUGCCUCCUAGAUCAGUACCAGAUUCUGGAGCCACCAUGUCAGAUUCCACAUUUCUCCCAACUGUAUAGUACAGUUGAGAAGAGCUGCUGGGAAAGCCAUGAUCCAUUGCAGCAGCUGCAUUCUGACUUAAAGAUCUGCAACCCAAAUAUCCAGGAACUAAAUCGCAGUUUGGGCCAGAACUACUAUAUUUUGUCCGCUGAAUGUUUUCAGCCUCCACUGGUGUUGCUUGGAGUGCUGGAGUAUUCCAGUAGUGGUUCCCUCCAAUUACAAGACAGAAGUAAUGGGCUUCCUUGUAUAAUAUUCCAUAAGGAUGGUAGACCAUUCACUGACACAUCGCUUAUAGGGUGCCUCCUCCAGGUGGAUCUUUUUCAGCUUAUAACAGAGCAAUUUCCUCAAAAUGACUUCUCUUCUUCACAACAGCCAAUUACAACCAAACAUAUAAAGGAAAAGAAAAUAAGGCUUUAUGCACAAUUUUAUUUUGAGGAUGUGAAAAUUCUUCAUAUUCCUGAAAAGAGAGUCAAAAAGAGUCCCACUAUCUGUGAACAGACCUCCUCUGAUGUGAAAGACAGUGGCAGCUCAACAGCUGAUCUGAGACCCUCACUAAGAAAAGUUUCAAAUGUGAGAAUAGAAGAACCAGAUACCAGGGAGCCAGAACAUUUCAAGAACAGGACUGGGAAGAUCACCUGUGUGUCUCGUCUAUUUUUGCUGAUUCAGAAGGAAGGACUUGCAUGGCGCAACUAUCUCCAGAAUUCGGAAGGCAAGCCUGAAGAUAAGCAGGCGAUGCAACUCUGCUUUCAGGCCACAGUUUUAUGGAUGGGCAAACCUAAGCUAUGCAACAGUCUUGGAGAACGUAAAGAGCAGGAAGAGCUCAGCAUUAGUACUUUUGAAGAGUCCAGUGAAGCCCAGCAGAAGGUAUUGUUACUGUUCCUGAGGAACUCUCUGCGCUGGUUCCCAUUUCUACAUACUGACCAUCUGUACCAGCUCAUUCUACCUCAGUGCAUGGAUUUGGAAAUUUUUGACAAAAUGUGUUCCUCACUGGCUCCAGGAAACAAAUUAAAUUUGAGCUGUUCCUUCUUUCUGCCCUUCCCAGAUGAGGCCUAUGUGUAUCAUGUGAAGCAGAUUUCUCAGCCCAAGUCAGACAUGUUAGAAAGGGAACAAAAAAUGUUCUCCAUUGCAGAAAUACUCAGUCUGAGCUUCAAAGGCUCUCUGGUCUCUUUUUCUGGAGAAAUAAUGGAAAGGACUUUGUGUGACUCUCAUUCUGGAAAGAAGUCAGAAACAGAUGCCUGUGCUCAGAAGAAAGGUAACUGUUGGGAAGAGUGUAGCCCCUUGCCCUGGAAUUAUACUGUGAAGCUGAGCAUAGCAUCUGCAUUUGAUUCUUCAGUUCUUCUGGAUGUCUAUAUUCAAGCUGCUUUUGUGCCAUAUCUUUGGGGUUUGUUGCCUGGAGCUAGGAUUUUGUUUCAGGAUCUACAGUGCAAAAUUUCCAGAUUUGGAAACGUAUACUGUAUUUUCAUUGCCUCUAGUGAUGUGCGUGUUCUGAUUCCUCCACCUCAUAAUUCUCCACAACAUUUGGAUUCCACCUCUAAGUUUUCAUUAGGAUAUUUAUCCAAAAUACUGCUUCAACCUCUUGGUCAAGCACAAGUCACUUGCCAUUUGAUGUGUGUCCUAUCUUUGUCCAUGCGCUGGUUCUGUGACCUCUGCAACCACAUUUCCACAGAGGGAAGACCCAACGAAUAUAACACCUCUUGCUUGUCACAUACAGGAAUGAUUAACGCUACAGCUAAAUUUCUAGUAGAAGAUGGAACAAGCGAGGUUGUGGUAUUUUGCAAGAACCAGCAGGUGCAACAAAUGUUGGGUUUGAGCCCCAAGGAAUGGGAGGUCAUUCAAAAUCAUAUUCGGAUUAAAGGAAGUAUCUGCAUUCAGCAUAAUGAAAUUAGCACAGGAGCUAGGAUAGUAGACGAGUAUGAAGAUCUGCUCACACAGUAUUUGAGAAACUUAUGCAGAAGUCCAAUUGUCUGUCGGUCCAUAGUGAUGGCUUUCAGAGUGGAUAGGAAAUCUUUUAAGGCAGGGUCAGGACAAUUGAGGAGAUUUUUCUGUAACGAAUUAGAGUUCUUAAGCCAGGUGAGGAAUCGACCAAACUUGGUAUGUCUUAAAAUCCAGGAGACCACCUGAAGAAUGGGAAGAGGAGAAAGCCUCAUUCCUCUGGAGGAAUUUGUGUAAUUCUGCUUUGUGUAUGUAUUUGUUUUGGAGAUAUGAUUCUAGUUAAUAAGCCCAAGUGCAAAGGAUAUUGUUGCAGACAUUAAAAUGUGAACAUUUAUUAAAAAAAUCUAGCUCUUGUUUUUCUUCUACUCAAAUCAGUGCUGCCUUAAUAGCUAAAAAAAGUUUGUUUCAACAUUUUACUGAAGUCUAUUUUGCUGCCAUGAUUUUACUCUUUCUGUACUGAGGGAAGUGGCAUUUUAUAUAAGAGAAAAUAGGGACUACUUUUUGCACAUAGUACUAGAAUUCACGAAAGGUAUAACAGGUGAUCAAGCAAAGGAUACAGUUUCCUGUUCACCAUUUCCCCUGUUUGCUUACACCAAUUUGGCAUUUAUCCCAAUUGCCUUUGCAGUGCUCUUUUCCUAACAUGCUAUUCCUUACAGUAUAUUGCUAAUAAAAUCCCCCAAAGCAGUCAGGAAUCCAUCUAGGUUUAUUACAUCCCAAUUCACAGAAGUUAAAAGGGACCAGUACAGCCUAAUUUGUAUAAUAUUCUCUUAAGGCCAUGAGAAGAGAGAUCCAUAUAUAUCCACUCACCAUAGAAUUAACUGUCAAGGGAAAAAACCUUCAUUCCAGAGGAGGAGGAUAAGAAGUUUGGGAAAUGCUGCCCUAAUCUUUCAAUGAAAAGCAUUUCCAUUAUUCUUACAGAUUCUGAUUCCAAGGCAUAAAGAAUAACAAAAUCCUAAAGCUGAGAGUAGACGCUUCUGU